UCCCGCGUGAUCGGCGUCACAGUCGAGAUGUGCCUGUCAUUUUAAAGGAUAAAUUACCAACGCUCCAUCCAGUCCCAUCUCCCAUGCCGUUGUCAAGACGAUGUCUGACAGCGACCGUUAGUCCGAUUGUUUUGGGGGGAUUUGCACCGAUGACAACACCCUCUUAAAACAAAGAACCAAGCUCGAUUCAAAUUCACGAUGGGAAUAGUCUUACCAACUGGCAACAUGUUUCUCAUCUCGUUGACUUUGGCGCUGGUCGCCUUCGUCUCUUUCAGUCCUCCGGUCAGUGGGAACGAGGACUGUUUGUGGUACGUGGACAAAAAUGGCACCUGGCACAAUGGCAUGGACUGCCCUCUCAUCACAUUCUGCUGUGGGAACUGCCACCUGCGCUACUGCUGUCUGGAUGCCUUCAAGAUGAUCACAGAGAGAGAGCAGAAGCGCUGCAUGCUCUUCCAGUUCAGCCCGACCACCAUCGCUGGAAUAGCUUCUUCCAUUCUGCUGUUUGUUUCCAUCAUCGCCACAAUGGUUUGCUGCUUCAUGUGCUCGUGUUGUUACCUCUACCAGAGAAGGCAGCAGAGGGGCAGGACGCCUUAUGAAGCAGCUCAGCAGAUCCCCAUGGCUAGCUACCCCGUGGAGCCCAUGUACGAUGCUUAUGGAAAACCGCUCGGACCCUCGGAGUACCAACCUGCCGUUUACCCCAUGGUGCCCCAGUAUCCUGGCAUGCACGUACAGUAUCCCAUGAUUCAGCCGGUACCCUAUCCACCACACCAGAUGGACCCCGCAUACAGCCAGGCCCCACCACCUUACUCUCCACCUCAGUAUCCUGGUCACUGAUGGGCUGGUCUCCAUGGAAAUGCUGUGAGAGUUGAGACUGUUUCAAAAGGAGAACCUUCUCUUACACACACACACGCACGCACACACACACACACUCUUGAUGUUUAUUUUCCUUUGAAGGAGAACAGCAGGCACUUUAAGUUUUCAUCCUUUCCUCGUCGUUGUUUGUUUACUGCAUCAACCUAUUUUUCCACUCCUAGUGUAAAUCAAAUUUCUUGUUGUGUAAUCGGAGUCUUGAUGGCUCUGGGUGGGUGUCACAGCAGGCGUCAUGUCAUCAUAUAAGUGAAGAGGUAUCCGUGUCUAGCUGCUUGUGGUGUUCCUCUGACUCACGCAUCUCAAUGACAGACUGUCAGCUAAAGACGGGGCUCAUCAGCGAACCGAGGAAGAGGCAAUCUGGACAUAAACACACUCCUUUAUUUGUGGAAAGUAUAACUCUUACUUCCUAGAUCCUGUUAGAUUUGAAGUACUAAUUAUCUGCCUGUUUUGUCGUAACCUCCUUCACUGAUCUGGAGUUGAUGAUUCUGGUCCGUUUAUGGUGGAAACGCAAAAGCGAAGCUUCAUGUUUGGGUCGUAGAAGGAUGGGUUUUGUGGAGCUCUCAGCCCGGUGUGAGGAAACCUUUUUCCUACCUAUUUGUCUCAUCUGUCGUGUGACUCCUGCAGUUGUUCCACUCCUCUGCCUCAUUCCUGCUCCCAAACGUUAACACGUUAGUCUUAAAGUCUGACUGACUCUUCCAGGUAGGAGUUCUGCUGCUUGAUGUGAACAAACAUCCCAUCUCACAACAAUUACCCAUCAAAAGUGUUAAUUUCAGUAGAAAUGUUGUAAAACUGUUCCUCGGUUUAAUAUUUAAUAUUGUAACAAGUAGUUCUAAUAUCUGUGUUGUUGUUGUAACACGGGUUAUGACGCUUUGACAGAUUAAUUUUUUACUGUGGGUUCUGUGAACAACUUCUGGAAAUUUGCUUUAUUUCAUUUGCAUGAAACAUUUGAGUUUUUUCUUUGUGAGUUUAGACAUGCAGAUCGAUUAGUCUUUCAUAAAAUAGUGAUAAACACUAAAAUCAUACUCUAAAAUACAUCUAAAGUGGGACUCUUGUAGGAUGCUCGGUGGUCUGUAUCUAUCGUGUUUCUAAUACAGGUAUGGAAAUGGCUAAUAAUACUGAAGAUGCAGCUACUUUGAACAACAGGGCCUUGUGCUCUAUAAUACCUGGUUAUCAUUCAGACUGAUUAGCUGAUGCAUCAUAACAGAAGCCAGAAAACAGGAAAAAAGUCCAAGUUUGAUUUUUGGAAUCCAAGCGACACGACUAGAUCUCAUUUUGUCCGUGUGUGUUUUAACCUCAGCUGACCUGUCGGAGCUCAGCGUAGGAGCAAAGUUACCUGGUACUGCUGUGACGUGACCCCGUAGAAAGCAUUAGGAGGAGAAACUGGUAUUUGACAUUUACGACCUUUUAUGACAAACGUAGUUUGCACUCCAACUUUUGAUCUUAUUAUAAAACAGUUUAGUGGUUUUUAGUGAAUUUUGCUUCCUUUUGACAGAACCAGAUGUCGUUUCCAGUGUUUGAGCUAACCAGUCCAUCACUCCGGUCUGUUGUGAUUAUUUCUAGUUAUUUAAUAACUUAUUGAUCUACUAAGCUGGACGCUUAACAGUUUGGUCUCCUUUUGAUCUAGGCUGGCAAGAAAGCUUUUGUGUGGAUUUCCCAGAAUGUGAAGUUUUUUCUGUCAGGACUUUAUUCUAACCUGUUUUCUGCCUCCUAAUAAAUACGUCCUCACCUUAACUACAGCUGGAGGCACAUGUAGAAAACACUGGUGAUUAAACCGAAUUUCAUCGUUGACCAUCUUUCUGGUGUAAACGAUCGACUCUUGUGCAGGUUAGUUGAAGCAGGAAGAGCGCUGGCAUUUCCUCGUUGGAAUAUUCUCAAUUAUUAUCUAUUAUGAGAUUUUCUUAAUGAUGCUGCGGUUUGUUUCUGCUUCUAAACCAACUCCAUGAGUGUGUUUUAAUGAAACUGGCAUUAGGUGGAAAUGUAACGUGUCAUAAGGAUGGUAUGACAUUGUAAUAUAAAAUGAGUGGAAAAUAAAUUAUUUCUAUUAACAUAAAAUUUAACUUUGGAAUGUAAA